UAUUAGUUUUGGCUACCACUUUCUUCAUUUACAAAGUUUCGAGGCUUAAUAUUGUUGCUUAAUAUAGUUUUUCUCUUACAAGCUCAACUGUUGCACGUGAACAAUCUACUUAAGGUCUGCGUGUCAACUAACGCGCCAAUCAUGUUUUUGAUAUGACACUUAACUUUUAGGAGCAUUGUUGUUUUUGUAAACCCUUUUUGACCCUUUCUCUUUUUUAAUUUGUGCUGUUCCUUAUUAAUUGCUUUAUGUUUCAAACUUCAUGCUGCUUGUAAAAGAGCGUGUACUGUUGAAUCUCUUAAAAGCAAGACCGAUAUUUUAAUUUCUCCUGGACCUAAUUUUAAAAAUGAAAUUCGAGAAAUUUUUACAACUUUUUUUUUGAUAACACUCAACUUUCCGUUUGUGGGACAAAGAUAGUAGCUGCGUCUAGUGCUUGCUGGCAAAGUCUUGUAGGAUUUCCUCCACGGGUUGAUGACUAGUUUUUUAUAACACCCUCCUUUCCGUUUGUGAGCUAGCUGUGUCUAGUGCUUGCGGGGAAAGUCUUGUGGGAUUUCCCAGACGGGUGUGGAAAAAAUUAAAAUAGAUAAAGUUUUUAUAAAAGUUAUAAAUAAUAUGGAAACUCGUUGGGGAAUUUGUUUGCAAUCAGAAGACGAUCACUGAUGGAAUGCCAGGAUUUUAAAUUUAAUAAGUUAGUUAUAAAAAAAGUUAUAAAAAAAGAAAUACUUUUUAUACGUUUGACAUAUGAAAGAAUUAAAAUUCAAAAUUCAGAUGAUUUGUUACAAUUUAAAAGCUCUCUUCUAACAAGACCCACCCUAAAAGUCAUUUCUGACAGCUAAUCUCUUGAACGUUUGAUCGAGUAUUUGCAAUACUGCAGUAUAUUUGAUGCAAAACAAACAAACAAAUGAACAUAUAUCAAGCUUUAAAUUGCGAACUUCCUUGUACCAGUUAAUCUUAUCUGAUAAUCGGAAAAACUCAUUAUAAGCUCUUCCUUAUGUGUUUUACUUCUAAACGCCAUAGCUAUCUAAUUUUUUUCCUUCGCCGGAUCGGUUAGGAAAUAGUAAUAAUUAGGCAUAGUUAUACAUGCAUGUUUUUUAUGCGAAUAAACCAUGCAGAACAGGCUCUAUUUUUUAAAAAUCAGAACAGCGUAAGAACAUUCCUAGAUUUAAAUAAAGAAUGGCCCAUAGAAUCAAAUCCCAUUUGUAUAGUUCUGACAAACAUAAUAAGAAUACUCUUGCUUUAAAAUGGAAAAAUGAUAAAUCUUUUGUGUAAAAGAAAAGGGUCGAUUACUUUUUCACAAAUAAAAAAGCCGGUAGCCUUGUGGUAAAGCGUUCGAUUCCAGUGUGGGAGGUCUUUGGUUGAAACACCGGCCGAGUAAUGCUAGAUAAAAUUUUGAAUCUAUCCUUUCUGCUUAGCGUUCAGCUUAGGAAUAGGAAUGAUAUCUUAAGCGGUUGUCUAGUUGAGCGAUUGCUGCGCUUCCACGACUUCCGUAGCUCAAAUGGGAGCUUUAAAUGCACUAGAACCCCUUUCAUAGGACUCUCGUUGGCAGUUCUAACAGGGUAUAAAGAGGCUAGGUAAGCCAUUUCAAUAAAAAUAAUGAUAAUAACUCGCGACGAAAUGAGGUAGAUAAGAUUAACACCUUUUCUUACUGCUAUUAUUGUUUUAUCACGAAGCAACACAUUUUUAAAUAAAACUUUGUGAUUGAUAUACAACACGUGAUUAAUUCUGACCGUAUUGACUGCGUGCCUUCCCUAGCAAGUUACUAAGAAAGGAUGAAAGAAGAUUAAAAAUUAUGCAAGAACUGAGUUUCAGUGAAUUUUUUAAAAUAAAAAUGAGUCUAUUUUCUGUUAUUACAUAUUACUGAUGUAUGUCUACCACGUGUUCAAACUAAAAACAAAUUAACAUUAAUAACAUUACUAAUAACAAAUUAACAUUAAUUAGAAAUCCACAUAGUCUAAAAUGACGUAGUGAAGCAAAAAUGUUAAGCUGUUUCUCUUCAACGGUAUCUAUAACUGUAGGGAAAUACCCCUCCUUCGAUACUUCGAUAUAUUUAUUUCCCCACUGUCUUAUCCACAACUUACUUCGCACACAACUAAUGUAUUUCAACUUUACAAAAUUGUUUCACCUUUUUUCCGCAGAACUAAUAAGAAAAGGAGGACUUGAAUAAGAAAAUGUGUGUUGAACACCUAAAGGAUUGUAUAAUUACUCCUCUAUUUCAAUUUGUAUCUGACCCUGGCCCUGAGCUUAGAGAAAUUAAAUGCAUGUCCCUGCCCUUGACCCAAACGUGGAGAUAAUAUGAUCUUGUAAAAGUUCUAGGUAUAUUACUUGCAAGUCUUAUAAACUAUUUUGGAGAUUCAAAAGAGAGAAGCAAUUAAAACGAAAAUUGGGAAAAACAACAUGACAAUCGAAUAUAACUUUUGAUUCAUUAUAAAACCUGUCAGUUGAGGGCUCACUUAAUAAAAUUACUAUAUUUGACGCUUCGGGUUUUUUAGCCGAGUAUUUAAAAAUAUAAAACUUUCCUUGUGUACAUUAUUUCUUAAAGGAAAAAAAGCGUGCACAGAUAACAUUAAAAUUAAAAUUUUAAGGUUUAAGCCUACACAAUGUUGGUCUAAGGAAAGUUAGUACGUGACCGCUUCGAAACUGCGAAAUGGUAAUGAAAGUUUUGUGGAACGUGGGAAGGGACUUUAAUUUGUUUUUGGACAGGAAAUUUAAUAAUCUUGCCCACUCUUAAAUCGAGGACAUUAAUUUUGAUGACAUUUAAAACGUAAAAGGAGAAUUUGCAAAACAUUGUCGGCUCUGAGAUCGUUUGAUUUUUACUUUUGAUCACUUGUGAUCGCGUCUGGUAUCAUAUUGUUUAAAAAGAAAUUAUGACAUCAAUUCAUUUUCUGCUUAAUACUGACAUUUUAGCAGAGUCAAAUUGACUCGAUAGGAAGAGUGGUUUUGCGAUGUCUACUUUAACACCAGGCACUGGGAAUGCCGCCGAAGAGAGAGUAUUUUUACCCGGAAAAAGAGUACUUGUUCCAAAGAAGUAGUUACACUAAUAAAAAUCCCUAUAGGCCUGAAAAAGAUUUAGUGUGGAUCUAAGAAAAAAUAAUUUUAAUCUCGAAAUUUUCGAGAAUAAAUUAUUACAAUUAGUGGUAAAUCUCUUUAGGCUAAGAAAAUGCCUGUCUAUUAAUAAUGACAGCUGGGAAUUGUAAAUUACGUGCAGGAAAUAUUUCAAUAUCCUGAAGACGUUUAUUAAAGCAUUUAGGCAAACAAAAUAUCCCUAGGAUGCUAUUAUACCCCUUCCUAGCUUGUAGUAUGUCGCUCGGCUGCGAAAUGCAAGCACAAAUUUGAUCAGAGUUAAAUUAGAAUAUGUGUUUCUAAUCAGAAGAAAAUUGCGAUAAAAACUUUAAACGUCUCAAAUUGUUCUGUAUGCAGCUAGCAUUGAGCAGCAUUCAGGGAUGUUAUGUGUUCUUCUAAACGUUUGCCGUUUAAGCGGUAAUUCUAGAAAAUAUCAUGUUUUCAAGACUUAACUAGUUAAUUGAUGUUAUUUUCAACAAUGUUCCAUAAAUAAACUUUAAUUCAUUUAUUAUUUAACACUUCUUAAUUAGUUUAUUCCUUGUUACAUAAUACUUACAAUUUUCAUUAAGUCUUGAUUAUAAUCUGACAGUCCCAAUUAGUACAGCCAUGUUUAUGCUUUCCAAUUAAAGUAAUUUAUUACUGUAGCACCUACGUAAUGGGGAUAUAAGUUGUGGAGAAACUGUUUCAGUGGUUACUUUCACAAUAAAAGAAGAAAGAACACAAGAAGGUAUAGCAGAGUUCAACUGUAUAUCAUCAGGAUUGGAGUGAUAGAACAUAAACCAGAACUUGGAAUUUUCAACACCAUGAAGAGCACGUUUUUCAUAUACCUUGCUGCUGUUCUAAAGUUAUGUACGUGCCAGCGAGGGAUAUUUCUUGAGGGAGAUGAGAAAGGAAUUGAUGGUUUACCAAGUCUAACUGAUCCUAAAGAUUCUCAUGGAGAGGUUGUCACAACUAGCAUGCAUAAGUUGUCAUUGAAUAAGUUUAAAAUGUCAUACUUUCCAGAUUUGUCAGAUAUCAAAGUCGAAACGCCAGUUAUUAGGGUAUCAAUCCACGGAGCAAUAACAAUCAACGAUGACAGCACGACUAUAAAAGCUUGUCCUGGUGUACUUUUAAGGACGAGAGGUAAUAUCAUAGCACCAUUUUGGGUGGCAAAUACCCAUGGUACAGUUACAUACAGAGAAGAUAUAAAUGACAAGGACAAGCAGACACUAAGUGAAGACAUUUCUAUGGCAUUCCACGUUGAAAACACAGUUAAAGCUUCAGACAUAAUGUAUGGUCUAAUAAUUACAUGGAAUGAUAUGUUUAAUAUAAAUAACGACAAAAGACCUCAGACUAGCAAGAACUCCUUUCAAAUAGCGCUGACAACAUUGGCAAGUGGGAUUACAUACGUGACCUUUGUGUAUAGAAAGAUUUCGUAUCAUAAUAUCCAUGAUAUGGGUCCAAACACUCAAAAGUGUACAGAAUCAGCGCAGUAUGGUGUUGGAAACAGAAACCCCUUCAGACGAUUUCCACUCUCAUUCUUUUUUCCCUACAGACCAGAUUGGGUAGCAUAUUUUACUAACCAGAACAGCUUUACUCGAUUGGGUAGAUACACGUUUAAGCUUACAAUUCCAGGACAUCAACAGCCAUUCCCUCCCACCAUCAACUGCAGAGAUAAACCUGUUGAUCCAUUUUGCGAAAAGGCGACAUGGUUUGGAAUUGAAGCGCAAAUACAUUUAGAAUUCUGCAAAUUUCGAGCAGCUGGCAUAUACCCAUAUCCAUUAUCUUGCAACCGAUUCGUCUACUGUGGGGUGGAUCACAGUCGCGCUGAUGUAAACACUUGCAUGAAGGGAUUAAAUUUUAAUCCAAUUUUGCAUGGAUGUGAUUACAAGGAAAACGUCGAAUGUAAUUUACCCACAAAUGUUACAUUUAUACUUAACCGAUCAGAACUUAAUUUAACAAAACCACCACCGCAGAAGCAUUACCAUAACAACACAUGUGAACUCCUUGGUUGGGGUGAUAUUGCUGACCCAGGAACCUGUGACCAUUUUCUCUCGUGUACAAAUUCAAGAACAAUAAGAAGAAGAUGCCCCUCCGAUGUUUGGGGUAAAACGUUAUACUUUCAAGUCACUGGUACACGAAAAGGAUAUUGUGAUUACAGGCGGAACGUGAAAUGCGUCAAAGGCGUCAGACCGACAACUCCUGUGCCGACAACAACAACGACAACAACAACGACAACAACAACGAAAAAUGUACCUGUUACAUAUUUGCCAAUUACUACAACAUAUAAGCAUCCCUACAUUUAAAAGAGAGUUUCCUCAUGGAGUUUAAAUUAUUUAUAGACAGUUUUCAUUCAAAACGCAUGUGAGCUGGCAUCCAACGUUUCAUCUAGGCUUUAACCAUUUUACGUGAAUCAGUGUCAUAUUGUCGACUGUAUUUUUGGGAAAUAAUAAUAAUUUACUGUCAA